GACAUAUGGACUAAAAACUCUGGAAUUUUUUUGGGUAAAUUAAACGGGGUUUUUUUUUUGUGUGUGUGUUUUCUGAGCGGAAGGACGACAACGACCGGAGUUUUUGUUGUGCUCUGUGUUGCUUUAGUUGUUUGUUUUUGGUGGGUGGGGGGUGUGGGGGAGGUCGGUGGGUCCUCGGAACUCCCGGAAAAGCGAUCUGUGGUGGGAUGCAGGCAGGUGAUGGACGGCCGCCCCCAUCAAGGUGGACACCGGAAAAGAAGACGAUGUCGUCCUCUUUCAUCUCGGCUGACGGCUGCUCGUCCAGAGGGAAGAAGAGGAAGCAGGCCAGCAGAGAUGCCGACUCGCUCAGCCUCUGCAGUCUCGACAUCAACGGCAGCAGAUAUCAACUUUUCCGAUGUUUUCCGAGGUCAGCUGCACGCGAGCUGCGCGUCUGUGAACCCAGCGCCAAGCGCAGCAAAGCGCUGGUGUCCAGGGUGACGUCUCUGGCCAGCCUGCUGCCCCCGAUCAAGACGGCGCCGCUCAAAAGGUUCGGCCGGACGCUGCAGCGCUCCAUCAGCUUCCGAACAGAGCGGGCUCUUCCUCCGCCGCUGCCGCCGCCGCCACCCCCGCCCCCGCCUGCCGCUCCUUCCUCAUCCUCCUCCUCCUCCCCCAUGAAGACCCAAACGAACUCGACAGCCAUGUCCACCUCUUCUUCUUCAUCUUGCGCCUCCACCGCGUCCAGGGUUUCCACGGCGACCGGCCCGGCCGCCAAGCGACGCGACAGCAAACUGUGGAGCGAAACCUUCGACGUCCACCUGGGGGCGGCGCACACCCUCAGCCCCAAAGACAUCAAACGACAGGAGGCCAUUUUUGAGCUGGCUCAGGGCGAGCAAGAUCUGGUGGAGGAUCUCAAACUGGCCAAGAAGGCCUACCACGACCCCAUGCUGAAGCUGUCCAUCAUGACCGAGCGAGAACUCAACCAGAUCUUCGGUACGCUGGACUCUCUGAUUCCCCUGCAUGAAGACCUGCUAAGCCGCCUCCGCCAGGCUCGGAAACCGGACGGAUCCACGGACCACGUCGGGCAGAUGCUGAGCGACUGGCUGCCGUGUCUGUCCUCCUACACGGCGUACUGCAGCAACCAGGUUUGGGCCAAGGCCCUGCUGGACCAGAAGAAGCAGGACCGGCGCGUGCAGGACUUCCUGCAGCGCUGCCAGCAGUCGCCCUUCAGCCGGAAGUUGGACUUGUGGAACUUCCUGGACAUCCCGCGUAGCCGGCUGGUCAAGUACCCGCUGCUGCUCAGGGAGAUCCUCAAGCACACGCCCGACCAGCACCGGGACCGUCCGCACCUGGACCAGGCGAUCCUGAUGGUCCAGAACGUCGUGGCCGACAUCAACCGACGCACGGGCGAGUCCGAGUGUCAGUUCUACAAGGACCGGCUGCUGUACGCCGACGCGGGCCAGAGGGACGCCCUCAUCCAACGCUCCAGGACGCUCAGUUGCCACGGCGAGCUCAAGAACAACAGGGGACUGAAGCUCCACGUGUUCCUGUUCCAGGACGCGCUGGUCAUCACCCGGUCCGUCUCGCUCAACGAGCAGCCCGUCAGCUACCAGCUGUGCCGGCGGCCGAUCCCCGUCCGCCAGCUGGACCUGGAGGACCUGUCGGACGGCGAGAUGAGAGUGGGCGGGUCCAUCCGGGGAGCUUUCAGCAACAACGAGCGCACAAUAUGUCGCGUUCCUUCGCAGCAAAGAACUUCUUCCGCGUGUCCGACCGGGUCGGGGACGGUCCGGCGCAGAGCCACUGCUUCCAGGCCAGCGACGCCUUCAACAAGCAGCAGUGGAUCAACUGCAUCCGCCAGGCCAAGGAAGCGGCCGAGGCGCGGGCGGCACAGGAAAACGGCCCGUCUCCGGCACGAGAUGUCACGGCGGCGGGUGGCGAAGGAGAGAACAGGACGGCGGGGGAAGCGGAGGCAGGAAGUGAGGCCGCGACGGACAUGGAGACGGAGCAGGUCGCCGAGGUGACGGGCGAAACAGACGAUCACCUCGGUGACGCCCAGGAGGAAAACGAGGAGGCGUUCAAUAUGGAUCCCAGCGAUGAGGAGAACGUACCGUGUUGACCUUUGCACUUCACAAACUACCAAAAAAUGUUCUGUAACCACGGCAACUGCCGCCAACAAUCACAACGGGACAUCUCACAAAACUGACAGCGCUCACUUUACAUCCCAGAAGACCUGACAUUUUUCCGCCACUCUCGUCCGCCAUCUCGCUGUUUUGGAAUGCGAGAGGACAAAGUCCACGUGGGAAUUUUCCGGCUUCAGGAGGCCUCCCCCGAAGAGUAUUCCAUAAUUCUUCCACAAUUCUCUUCACCGCUUUCUGUGUGAAAUUCCAGAUUUCCAGUUCUGACUCAGAUGAGGCAAUUUCGGCCGCUUUCUGUGUGAAAGGGGGCUAAUCAUCCAAACCUCGUCUGUGACACUCACGGCAAUAAUGUAUUUAUUAUUAUUAUCCACGAAUCAUCUCGUAAGUGCAGCCUGCUGUAUUGAUUAUGAUGUUGUUUACUGUUAAAACUGUCACAAAAUCUAAUCAAACGUUGUGGCGCUUAAAAAAAAUUGCUACCAAAUGAAUGACAAUCCCAGAAAGACUGUACCGUGUAGUUCUCUAACUGCUGUUUUAUACGUCUAUACUAUAUGGAUUUAGGAAUAAAGCCAUUCAUAUCUGUAA